AUGGCCAAUACUUAUUUCUUUCUUUCUUUCUUUCUUUCUUUCUUUCUUUCUUUCUUUCUUUCUUUCUUUCCUCCCUCCCUCCGUUCCUUCUUUCCUUCCUUAUUUCGUUCGUUCCUUUCUUUCUUUCUUUCCUUCCUUCCUUGCUUAUUUCUAGCUUCCUUCCUCCUUCCCUAUCUUCUUCCUUCCUUUUUUCCGCCCUCCCUUCGUUCGUUCGUUCUUUCCCCCUCCUUUCCUUCCCCCCUCCCUCCUUCCCUUCCUUCCUUCGUAGUUUCCUUCCUUCCUUCCUCCCUCCCUCCUCUCUGUUCCUUCCUUCAUUCCUUCCUUCCUUUCCAUACUUCCUUCCUUUCCAUCCUUCCUUCCUCCGUUUCUUUUUCUUUCUUUCUUUCCUUCCUUCCUCCCUUCCUUCCUUCCUCCCUUUCUUCCUUCCUUCCUUUCCACCAUAGCUUCCUUCCUCUCUUUCUCCUUCUUUCUUUCUUUCUUUCUUUCCUUCCUCUCUUCCUCCCUCCCUCCCUCCUCCCUCCCUCCUUCUUCCUUCCUUCCUUCCUUCCUUCCUUCCUUCCUUCCUUCCUUCCUUUCAAAUUAACAAUCCUCCUUGGUUGUAAAGAUUCCGUUCAGUCGUUUCCCGUUUCACUUCUCUCUAUCAGUUUCCUAACGCUCAUUCACGAAUAUCUAUUCAUCUAUCUAUCUAUCUAUCUAUCUAUCUAUCGCAUAUUGAUUUUAUCUCAUACUGAUUCUAUCUAUCUAUCUAUCUAUCUAUCUGAUCCAGUUUCUUUCUUUCUUUCUUUCUUUCUUUCUCAAUCUUUUCAUCUAUCUAUCUAUCUAUCUAUCUAUCUAUCUAUCUAUCUAUCUAUCUAUCUGAUCCAGUUUCUUUUUUACUUUCUUUCUCAAUCUUUUCAUGUAUCUAUCUAUCUAUCUAUCUAUCUAUCUAUCUAUCUAUCUAUCUAUCUAUCUCAUACAGAUUUUAUCUAUCUCAUACCAAUCCUAUCUAUGGCGAAGAUCGGACUCAUUAAUCAUCCCCGCACCCAAAUAGAACCCCGCCUCAAUGAUUCGAAGUCAAGACCAUCUCUGCAUGCGGAAAACUAA